CAGUAACGAAUCUAUUAAAUAAUAGAAUAAUUCAUUUCAAAUUCAGAAUCAUUCAAUUUGAACGAAGAGGUUUGGGAAACCACGCAUGUCUCUCAGUGCGCGCAGACGAGCCGGCGAAUGUUGCCAACACAAAAUACCCAAUAUCCCUCCGUUAGAAUUGUUUACAUUUUCGUUUGAAUUUCGUAUUCGUCAAAAUCAAAUAAGUGCAUAAAAUAACGACAAGGAAAGAACUGACGCAAUUCGAAAAAUAUCCCUCAUAUCAGAAAUGCAGUGUGCUAGAGAUGAAUUGCAAGAUAUCACCCAAUCAGCUGGUAUGACACAAAUAAAAGACUCUCAAUGCAAGGAUAAUUUCGAUUUUUCGAUGUAUCUCCAUAAACCCAGAGGAACGCUGGCUAGAACUAUUUAUAAUAAGCAAUUGUCGGAUACCUACAUGGCGAAAUUUGAUAAAUCACAGUGGUAUAAUUGCGAUCUCAGUCGAAUACCUCCACCCUUAGCAGCGAAAUUCAUCCAGCUAGACCAUGAUAAGGAUACCAUGAAAUUCAUCGAACAGUCAGAAGAGAAAUCAAACUGGAUUUUUCUACAAAUAUGGCACGUCAUAGUAAGAUGUGUACUCAGCUGGUUUAUGACACAAACUUCAAUUAACGGAUGGCUCCGGAGAGGUUCGAUGUUUGUUGUCUCUUCAUCACAGUUCUUGAAACUCUUGAAAUCAGAUGGAGAUUGGCACAGAGAUACUAUCAUAGAUCUAGGAGCAGGUGAUGGAGGUGUGACUGCGCACAUAGCACCUUUUUUCUCAAAAGUUUAUGCAACUGAAGUUUCAAAUACGAUGAGGAAUUUGCUAAGGUCUAGAGGUUACAAUGUUCUCGAGGUGGAAACAUGGGAUAUGGAUGGAAAAUAUGAUAUGAUAGCAUGCCUGAAUCUUCUGGAUCGUUGUAACACUCCUUUGCAACUUUUGAAGCAAAUAAGACAAGCUUUGAACCCGGAUGGACUCCUCUUUCUAGCAUUGGUUCUACCAUUUUCUGCAUAUGUCGAGAUUGGUUCUGAGAAUCAUAAACCUGAGGAACUGCUUCCAAUUGUGGGGAAAACCUUUGAAGAACAGAUUGCUAGUGUUGUUAAAGAUGUCUUCCAACCUAGUGGUUUCUCUGUAGAAUCCUGGAGUAGAGUUCCAUAUCUUUGUGAAGGAGACUUGAGGCAGUCCUAUUAUUGGUUGGAUGAUGCAGUAUUCAUCUUGAGAGUCAGCGAUGAAAAUAUUUCAAAUUGAUCAUCACUUCAUAGGUUGCUCAUUCAUUCAGAGAAUUCAACUGGGUAUACAAUUUGCCAUUUUUUCACAAAAUGCUCUUUAUUCUUUUGAAUAUUUUUAGUGAUAAAUAUACCUAUUGUAUUUUUAAUAACCUCUUAAUAUACCUGUUUCUAUAAUCA